AUGACGGCUGUACGAGGUGCCCAUGCACAUAAUGGGAACUCUGCUGGAUCAAAGGAGAAUGGACAAAACGCACCGAGCCAUGUUCACACCGACCCCAAUACCAACGUAGUUCCACAUGCAGACAUCGGCAAUGGCACGUCUGGGUCGUCUGCGGGUGACCUAACCCAGACAUGGAUUCAUUUUACAAAGACAUUCGUGCUCAUUUUCCCCAUAUAUGUUUUGGGAUAUUUUGAAUUCAGUUUUAGUUGGCUUCUAAUAGGGCUUGUGAUAUUCUUCUGGUGGAGGAGAAACACAGGAAGCAAGAACACCCGAAUGUACAGAGCCUUGGCCUUCUUUGAACAAGAGGAGAGAACUGUCCAACAAAGUCUGACAACUUCUGAUUUGCCAUCAUGGGUAAGAUGAAGAUGCCGUUAUAAAGGCGCCUUUGGGAUACUGUAAUUGUGCAUUCAAUAUUAUCACAAUCCCACUAUUAAAUUAGUCACUCUGUGGAUUAUUAUAUGACUACUACAUUUGAUAUAAUCAAAUGUAGUAGUCAUAUAAUUAACGUGUUUUUUCUAUUACCCAAAUAAGCCUAUAUGGUAUGCUACAGCACGUGACUCAUCAUUUUUUAGUUUCUUAGAAAACCAUCACCUGAUCAGAAGACAGAACAGUGUUGACCUGUAAAGCUCUGAUCAAGCAGCUGUCCCCAGCAGUGACAUUAGAUUAAGCCCCCUCUAAAUACAGCAUGGCACAAUGGUAAACGGACACCAGGGUGGAAGGGACACAUGUCCGAGCCCCAGAGGAACCCUGUUAUUUUAAGAUACAUUGCCCUGCCACUGUUGUGGUAACUAACAACACUUUGCAUGCAUUAUUAUGCCUGAAAGAUGCACCCAAUCUAACCUCACAUAUUGUUAGCCUGGUUCCAGAUCUGUUUAUGCUGUCAUUGGCAUGACAAUGAGUGACAAGGACCACUCUGAUGGCAUAAACAGACUGGAUGGCAUAAACAGACUGGAACUCAGUCUAGCAAGAUUUAGGGCCAUAGGAUAAACCCUACAAUAAUGCCAUCUGAGUGGUCCUUGUCACCAAAUUGCCAUCAAGUUGAAGACUAGGCAUAUACUACUAGGCAUAUACUUGAUGACAAGAGAAUAUGAUUUAUAAUUGAUAUGCUUCUUGAGAUCUGUUGCACAGCAAGUGUCUAACUAGGACAGUCUUUAGUUUUUGUCUGUCUCUUCUGCCCUUUCAGCUGCCAAGGUGACUACUAAUUUGGUUAAGAGGAAAAACAUGGGGUUACACGACCAAUUUUCACCCUAUUUUUAUCCUAAAUGUUUGGCAUUGUCACACUGUGUCAUGCCUUGUGGCUUCGUUUUCCAAGUCACAAUUUUCCAAAGGGCUCUGUAAAAAUAGUCCUUGUGGGUACUUCAGCACCUUUUAAUGUGUAUAGAAGCCUGCUGGAGGUAGUGUGAUGAACUAGCUCGGAAGGUCUCUCGAAAUAUGAUUUAAUUUAGAAGUAAAUUAAAUGUCUGCCUCAGAGCUGCUCCACACAAGGAGCUGCCAGCAGCAUCGAUUCAGUGAGUCAGUAUAUUACAGUUUUCUCAUCAGAGUUCACUAGUCACUACUGUGCUGUGCUGUGCUAAACUGUGCCUAGCAGUGCUGAGCUGGACUGGCUGCACUGUGUUGUGCCCUGUUGUUGGCAGGCUGCCAUAGGCACGCCUCAGGCACUGAAGGAGAGACUGACCGCUGGUGCUCAGCUGCCUCAGUCUGGACAGUCCCAGCUGGUCACUCAGACUGAGAUGCUGAAACUUGUGUAUGAUUGUUUUGUGUGUAUGAUUGUGUGGAUUCGUUUUUUUGUUAACGUCCUUAGUGCUUUUAUUGUAUAGAAAUGUAUAUCUUUUUAUUUACAGGGCUCAUCUGUAAAAGAGACCUUGGUCUCAGCGUGACUUCCCUGUCAAAAGAAAGGUUAAAUAAAAAAUUAAACGUGACACUUGGGUUGUGUUUCUGAAGAGGAGGAGGAGGAGCAGGAGGAGGAGGAGGAGGAGAAGGAGGUAUCUGAAACAAGGAGCUAUACAAAAGCUUCCUGUCCUCUGGGAGACACACUCACUCAGACAUAGUUGUUCUUCCACCUCACUGAAAUACACCUAUUCCCUAUAUAAUGACCAGGGUCAAUAGGAUGAUCUCAUAGACAUGAAGGUACAGUAAUAGUUGCCCACCUCCUUGUCAAGAUAGUAGAAUGUGUUCUAAUCCUGCUCUUUUGAUUGGAAUUGAACUCCACAGUCCACAAUCUCCACAUUUGCAUCUGUGUUUACCUGCAACCAGUGCCCCUUAGUUUCAGUGUAUAUACUGUACCUUUGAGUGAGUGGAAAGGAAAGAAUAGAUCAUGUAACACAGCAGUGUAACACCUGAUCUAAAAAUGUUUUCCUAGAGAUUUCUCCUAGAGAUAAGCAGCAGAACAGAACAGGAAUAAAUAUGCUGUUCUCUCAUACAUAAAUAGUGAGUGCUCCUGACUGCUCCUGUUUGUUUGGGAAAUAAAUCUGCUGUGAGUCAUAGACCGCUGCUUAAUACUGCCUACACUAUAGUAAGAUCCUUCUGUUUAUUCAGUCUCCUAUGAGACACAAGCACCAACCAUCUCAAGGUAGCUACUGUCCGGGAAAACAAGUAAAUACUUUCCCUGAGACACUUAAAGGGGUAGGAUACAUUGAUAUCCACUCUAAUGGAGUUGUAUACAUGCAGGUGUGUAAUGUUAUUCAGUACAUGCAAGUUGCUUCCAUAAUGCUUCCAAUACAUUUCCAUAGUUGUCUAACAGCAUCUUUAUUCAAUUCACUUAAAUGGACAGUACUGGAUUUUAAAUUACAUCUCAAUUUCUGUUGUGAGGCAUGAUGCACAUCUAGCACUCAUAAUUUAUUAUCUGAGUAAAUGAUGUAUCUGCAAGGCUCUAUCCCCUGCCUGCUAUUUUGUGAAUUGGUUGCUUUACAGUAUGUGUCAGGUUAAUGGAAAGCCUGUCAAUUUGAGUUCUCCUGAUUGCAUAACAGCGGCACUUGUGGCUGGUAAAAAAACUAGGCCUGAAUCUGUCAAACCCAGCCGUAGUUUAUCUCCCUACUUCCCAUUCCUCUCACUUUCUGAGCCUACGCUCCUCUAUGCUGUCACGCUAAUGCUGGAUCAGCGCUUUUCUCACCAGCAUUAGCAUUGGCAUUACUGCCCCCUGUAGCUGUCGCAUGCAAUGUUGUUGCCACGGCUACACCUCUAGUGCCACCUCUCCCAAGGGGAUAACACAUGACAGCACACUUCCUCUGUGUUGUUCUGAAAAGGCUAGGCUGUGUGGCAGCCUCUAUAGAAACGUUUUGCUUUUAGACUAUAAUGGUUGUAGGUCUAUGAAAGCUGGUGUUAUGUGGUGUGUGUGUGUAUGUGUGUGCGUGCGUGCACGUGUAGGUACAGUAUGUGGGCUGUGUGGGCAGUAUGUAUGCUCAGGGCUCUCCCCCUGAUGCACAGCACAUACUGUGUGCAGUAUUCAGUGGAUAGCUCCAGCUACAGUACUGUUAUGUCUUUAUAAUAGCCAGGAGGGGUUCAGGCAGACUGCAGAGCUGUGUCCCAAAUGGCACCCUAUUCCCUACAUAGUACACUACUUGUGACAAGAGCCCUAUGGGCCCUGGUCAAAAUUGGUGCACUAUAUGAAUAGGUUGCCAUUUGGGACGCAACCCAGGCUGCAGCCAGACUGCUGCUGAACCAAGGCAGAAUAUCCACCAGCUAUUUAAGUUAAAAUAACAAUGCAACAAUGUGGUUGUUAAGAUGGAAUCAGUAUGAGUAGUGGUACUUGAAAAUGAGCAAAUAAAACAGUGUUUGAGCAUGUAUCUUAUUUUCUUCCUUUUAGGUCAACUUCCCGGAUGUAGAAAGAGUAGAGUGGCUGAACAAGGUAAAAUAACACCAAAAAAACGAACUGUCAGAUGUUCCACUUCUAUUUUGAUGAAGACCUACUUUUUCCUGCUGGGUUUUGCGGUGUAGAUACCGCUGGAACAGUAUCUGUACUGUAGCCCCUCCCUCACUGCAGCGCUGUAAAUAUAGAUAUAUUGGGAUGUACUGUACCCUGCCGUAUGUUGAACCACACAGCUGCUCUAUUUUUGCAGCGUACUCUAUGCAUAAAUCAGGAAGUCAAUCAGAUUUAAUAGUCUCUUAAAAGGGCAAUCUGCAGUCAACAGGGUGGUCACCUUGCCACUGUUUUUGGUAAACAGCUGAGGGAUAGGUCUGGAGAAAUGUAAACAAUCUCAAAUUCAUAGACAGAGCUAUCGAUAGAAGGACUGACCAUCCAUGAGAUACAAAUAAUAGUUUUAACCAUGUUUUGAGGCUAUACAGUGUUUGUUUACACGUACAUUGUUUACAAACAAUGGAAUAAAGCAAACUUUUAUAUUUUGGGUUCUGAUGGGGAACGACAGUUGAGCUAAGCUCAUGAGGCAUUUAUAAGUUAUAUUCUUCAAGGAAUCUUCAAGGUUAUAUAAUAUAUCUAUAAUUUAAAAGUCCAAAAAUAGAUGUAGCAACUGCAGAUUGCCACUUUAAGCCUUAAGCCGUUCCAUAAGGUAAUGACCUGAAACCUAAGUUUAAAAUAUUUAUUGUGUACACAUUAUUAACGAAAUAAAACACGUGACGAUUAAAAUGUCAUAGAUGAGUUGAGUUUCUCCAGUAUUGUGAAUUAUGGAACUGAUGAGCUAAUUGAAAUGCCUUCGCAUCACUUUUAGAAUAUUGCUGGGCCUGUUUUCACAAAGAGUCUCAGAGAAUGAGUGCUAAUCUAGGAACAGGUCCCUCCUGUCUUAUUUCAUUAUGAUGGAAAGGCAAAACUGAUCCUAUAUCAACGCUCCUACUCUGAGACACAUUUUGAAUAUGUGCCCUGAUAUUGAAUAAUUAAUUCAGUGAAUUCAGCUCCUUCACUCUGCUUCCUACAUUUUCUGUGAUUACUUAUUGGAUGAUGGUCAGAAUGUGGGCCGGUGCCAACUCACUGAUCCGUUCUCCUCCCUGUGGCCCUGCAGACUGUGAGACAGAUGUGGCCGUAUAUUUGCCAGUUCAUAGAGAAGCUGUUCCACGAGACUAUCGAACCGGCCGUGAAGGGAGCCAACUCCCACCUCAGCACCUUCUGUUUCAGCAAGAUUGACAUGGGGGACAAGGUGAGCAUCAAGACUUAUCAGCAGGAGUCUCUACCUAACCCUGCCUCAUACUUACUGUUUAUGAGAUGUUUUACACUAUUCAACUCACAGCUGAACUUUUGUUAUUGGAGGGCAAAAGGGCAGUGGCUUUAGCAUCCUAGAUCCCUAUCUAUUCACGUGCCUGUGGUGGAUGGGUGUCUCCUAAAUAGUUUCCAGAAAGGGUCACAGAGUAGUGGCGAAGUUCAUGCUGGGUAAAACACAAGUGGGGGGUCUGAGGCCUAGUGGUGAUGUAAUUUGUCUUGUGUUUGUGUUUAGCCUUUGAGGAUUAACGGGGUCAAGGUUUACACAGAGAAUGUGGACAAGCGUCAGAUCAUCAUGGACCUACAGAUCAGGUGACCUGACUAUCUCUAUUUUGGACUGAUUUUAGCCUUUGGCUUGUCAUAGAAUGUACUGUGUGUAGUAGUCAUGUGAUUGUAUUAUUUUUAUUAAAUAACACCUACUGUACAUGAACACAUUCAUGGGAUUUUUGACGAUGCUGAUAAUUGUGUUUUUUCAGUUUCGUUGGAAAUACUGAAAUUGAUGUGGACGUCAAAAGAUACUACUGCAAAGCUGGUAUUAAAAGCAUACAGGUAAUGUAUACAUUCUAUUUCAUAGGAAUGUAAAAUCGUUUUUGUUUUAGUUUUUUAACAAAUACACUUCACUUGCAGUCGGAAAUGGACUAUAAAACUCUAAUGGUUGAUUUGAUUGUCGUUUUUGUCACUAAAACCCUGUUCAGAAGAGUGGAGGAUAGUUAAAUCCAAAUAAAUGUUGUGAAUGCAUAUUAAAGUUGCUUUAUGAUGCCCGCUUGCUCAGUUAGUUUUUGAUUGCAAUGACUUGCAAGCAACAUACCAUGUGAUCAGUGACCUUAUGUGUGUGGGAGAGAAUAGAGGGUAGAACAAUACAAGUGUUAAUAAAUUAUGUCACUGGCCAUUGCAUAGCAGCAGUGAAACAUAGCUGACAGGAAAAGCAAUCAAUCUGUCUCCUUAGAGACAAAGAGCUGUAAUAUUGUCAGUAAGGAGGGUCCUAUUAUACCAACCUGGACUCGGGUAGACAUAAUAUAGUGAAAGUAAAUCCGAAACACUCCAAUUAGUGUUGCGCUUGCAACGUCAGGGUUGUGGGCUCAAUUCCCACAGGGGACCAGUACGGAAAAAUAUGAAAAUGUAUGCACUCACUACUUACUGUAAGUUGCUCUGGAUAAGAGCGUCUGCUAAAUGACUUAAAUGUAAAAUGGAUUAUGUUCCAUUUCGUAUGGUAUGUAUUAAUUUGUGGAUGUCCAUCAUCCAUUUCCAUUUCGUAUGAUAUGUUACGCAUUGCAAUUCAAACAAUAUGUUACGAAUUGCAAUUCAUACAAUAUGUUACUAAUUUGCAAAACAUAUAUUUUACAAAUUCCAUCUAUGGCAAAGAUACUUAUGUUUCCCCUUUCAUCUGUGUCUGGUGUUAGCUAGUUACUGGCUAGCUAGGUGUUCAGCCAGCAUGGAACAAAAGCGGGGGAAGGGUUGUUCAAAACUCUUACGCAGUUGUCAAGUCAACACAUCCAUCAGUGCUGCUGUGAACCGGAUCACAAGAGACAUGCCAAACGGAAGAUGUAUAAAAAAAAAAAUGUAUAUCAUUGAUGCAAUUUCAUUGUUGUUUGAGUUGCUUUGUGUAUCACCAAUUUGCUUGAGAUGAUUUUACUGCAACACAACACUUGUCUUUGAGAGAUAUAAUUAGCUCAAUAUUUGUUUAGCAAGUUGAGGAUAACAUAGAGCAGUUAUGUUAUGUUGGCCUGAUAAUAAUGACAGUAAAGGGGCCAUCUUUGUAAUGUCCAGGCCUCCACUCUGGAAUGUUCCGAUAGAGCUUAUUAGGUGGGUCAAGGGCCUGCAGAGUGUUAGUUCCAUGAUACUGAAAGCUACCUUAACCUUGUGUCUUGUGUGUGAUUCUGUUUUAUCACUGCGAGCGAGUGUACUUUUAAUCUUAAUGCCUCUUUUGUGUUUCACAGCUCCAUGGAGUGUUGAGAGUAGUCAUGGAGCCAUUGCUAGGUGACAUGCCCCUUGUCGGAGCUCUGUCCCUGUUCUUCCUGAAAAAACCUGUAAGUUCUAGCCCUUGUAUACACUUGACACACACUUCCUCUUUCUAUCAUUUGGAUUUCAGGCCAGUUGCAUCGUCAGCUGCUUGCAGGACAGUUGUUUGACA